AUGCGCCCCUAUCUCUCGCUAGCGGAAAUCCCAACAGUAAGUCUCCUUUACCGACAAGGCCAUCUCCGCCGAGCAAGUUCAACCUUCACGCCCUCCCAAACCCUCAACGACAGCAUCUCCGUCAUCCAAAAUGACAUCACCAAGCUCGAAGUCGACUGCAUCGUGAACGCAGCAAACAAGUCCCUUCUCGGCGGCGGCGGCGUAGAUGGCGCAAUCCACGCAGCAGCCGGACCAGGUCUGCUCGAAGAAUGCCGCGGUCUGAACGGCUGUGAUACGGGCGAUGCCAAGAUCACUGCCGCUUACGAAUUACCAUGCAAGCACGUUAUCCACACCGUUGGACCAAUUUAUGACCGCGAGGAAGAUCCGGUUGCGCUGCUGCGCUCUUGUUAUAGACGGAGUCUGGAAGAGGCGGUUGCGAAUAACUUGAGGAGUAUUGCGUUUCCGGCUAUCAGUACUGGCGUCUAUGGGUAUCCGAGUCGACUUGCUGCUGAUGACGCUGUGAAGGAGGUGAGGGAGUUUCUUACGGGCCCUGGUAGUGGGAAGCUUGAGAGGGUUGUCUUUUGCAAUUUUGAGGCGAAGGAUGUGAGGGCUUAUAGCGUGUCUAUACCGAAGUACUUCCCUCCCACGCCGGAGGACUUGGCCACCGACGAGAGCGAUUAA